AUGCCCGAGCCAGCCAAGUCCGCCCCAGCGCCCAAGAAGGGCUCCAAGAAAGCCGUCACCAAGGUUCAGAAGAAGGACGGCAAGAAGCGGAGGAAGAGCAGGAAGGAGAGCUAUGCCAUCUACGUCUACAAGGUGCUGAAGCAGGUCCACCCCGACACCGGCAUCUCCUCCAAGGCCAUGGGCAUCAUGAACUCCUUCGUCAACGACAUCUUCGAGCGCAUCGCAGGGGAAGCCUCCCGCCUGGCUCACUACAACAAGCGCUCCACCAUCACCUCCCGGGAGAUCCAGACCGCCGUGCGCCUGCUGCUGCCCGGAGAGCUGGCCAAGCACGCCGUCUCCGAGGGCACCAAGGCCGUCACCAAGUACACCAGCGCCAAGUGAGCGCCGCCCCCGCUCUCCGGACCCAAAGGCUCUUCUCAGAGCCCCCACCCUGUCUCCAGCGGAGCUGCUCCCGGGUCUC